AUGGGCGAUUACGUCGAGCUCGAGCGCGAUGAAGAGCACGCGUCGCUCGUCGAAGAUGCCCAGCCGAGUCACUACCCGACCGACUCGUCGACGUCGUACGAGCAGUUCGACGUCGAUGAUUUGGAGGUCGUGGACGCGACCCCAGAGGCUGUGGACGCGCGCUUGACGCGAGCGAGCGUUCGAACGAUCGCGCUGAACACGUGGCUGUACAUGGCAACGCCUAUGAGCAUGCCGGCGACGGUGGCGCACGCCGGGGCGACGUGGACCGGAGUGUUCUUCACGUACAGCGCGAUGAGCACGUAUUGGACGGGACGGGUUCUGGGAUGGGCGUUUUUGGCGGACCCUACGUGCACGACGUACGCGAAGAUGACGAGUAAGGCGGUGGCGAGGCUCAUCGUUCGCCGAGGCGGCGACGAGGGCAUCGCGAGCCGAUGGGAGCCGCGAGUGGAGAUGGCGACGCUUUGUCUGCAGUUUGUGACGUAUUAUCUCGACGCGACGGUGCAGAUCGUGUACAUCGCGCAGUAUUUUGGGCAGACGUUCACGGGGUGGAAGAUGUGUGGGGCGAGCUGGGCGUUCUUCAUCGGAGCACUGUCGCUGCCGAUUGUGCAAAUCCCGACCAUACACGACUCCGGAAAGGUCGUGCUUCUGCCGUGUGCGAGCGUCAUUAUAACGCUCUCGGUGUUUUUCGGGGAGAUAUUCUCCACACGUCCAUGGGAGAAGUGCGAUCCUGGGCCGACGUACGGGAAGAUCGUGACGAGUGGAACGAUUUUCAGCUCGCUCGGAAAUUUUGCCUACGGCUUCGGCGGGCACGGUCUGUAUCCAGAGGAGCUGCGCGAGAUGAAAAACCCCGAGGAUUGGGCCAAGGUGUUGAACUUGACGUACGGCACAAUGGUUCCAAUAUACGUUCUCGUCAUGUAUUUUGGGUACAAGGCGUACGGGGACUUCGCCAAGGGGAAUAUCAACUUGAACUUUCCAAAAAAUGCGGCGAACAUCGUGUCCAUGAUGAUGCAAUCCGUGCAGUGCUACUACGGUGUGUUCUUCACCAAUAUUGCGUUAAUGAUGCGCAUCGAGACGUCGCUUGGAGUGGAUCCAACGCAAGCCUGGACAGUCGUCACCAAGUACGGCGUGACACCUCAGGUGUUUCGCUUUGUUUUUCGCACGGCCUUUUUGGCCACCGAGGUGCUCAUCGCCGCAAUUUUCCUCGCCGUGUCGGGAGACGUCAUUCUCGAUUUACAAUCGCUCGUGGGAGCGAUUGGUAUGACGGCAAUGACAUUCUUCCUUCCUUCGAUCAUUCAUUACGCGUUCAACAUGAACGAGAGGUCAUCCAUUGCCGAGCGCAUGUGGGUGGUGACGAACUUCAUCAUGGGCCUCUUUAUCAUGUUCUCCGGUUUGUACGGUUCGCUCGAUCGCUUGUUCGGCAGCAAGUACGAGAAUCAGUGCCCAGCGCGAUACGUGUACUCACCCGCGGACCCAGCCGACCCGUGCUACGUGAGCGGUAUUCGAUAUUGA